AUGCUCUCACGUGUUGCUGCAGUGAAGGCACCCCGCACACACAACCGUCGCCGCGUGACCGGAUCCAGCGGAAGGAGGAGGGAAGGAAGAGAGAGUGAGCGGCAGAGGCCCAACAUGUCCCGGCGUGUGUUUGCUUCCGCGGUGCUGCUCCUCCUCCUCGUGAUGAUUUUCUGCGGCACUGGAGCUACGCAAGGUGAUGUGGAGGAACCGUCGGCAGUUCCAAAGUAUCAAUGGAAGGGCAUCAGUGAAGGUGAUGUAACUGUGGAGUCGUUGGGUGCUCCCGGCCUUUUGAAAGUGGGGAGUGACGUAUUUGCCGUUUCUGAGGCGCAGUGCAAGAAGAAGGAUGGAGAAGAUGCCUUGACUGGCGUUGCAUCCCAACUUCUCACGAUAGAAGGCGAUAAAGAACCGGAGGAAGUGCUUAAGGAUGCCAGAGUGAUACGAGUUCUGGAGGAAAGCACUUCUGCAAAGGAGACGAAGAGAGUAGAUGUGAGCCGACCGACAGCAGUUGUGGGGGAAAGUAAUAUUUACAUGCUUGUUGGGAAAUACAGCCGUAAAGGUGGUCAGGAGAGUGGUGCCGAUGACUGGGGAUUCUUGAUGGUGAAAGGGGAAUUCAGUGAUAAAGAUGAAAGUAAAAAACAGAUUGACUGGAAAGAUACCAACGCUGUCCCGACGACAACUUUGGGCGAACAACUUUCAUCCUUGACAGGACUGAUUGGCGGCGGUGGAUCGGGUGUUAAGAUGGAGGACGGUACACUUGUGUUUCCCGUGGAAGGCACGAAGGAGGAAGUUGGGCAGAAGGAAGCUGCGGGUGGAAAGACUUUCUCACUGCUCAUGUACACUUUGGAUACUUUGAAGAAAAUUGAGAGUUGGAAGCUGUCGAAGGGGAUGUCUGCCGAUGGCUGCAGUGAUCCCUCCGUCGUGGAGUGGGAAAAGGACAAACUCAUGAUGAUGACUGCGUGUGGUGAUGGCCGCCGCAGGGUGUACGAGUCCGGUGACAAGGGGGAAUCGUGGACGGAGGCACUCGGGACACUCUCGCGCGUGUGGGGCAACAAACAAGAGGGAGAAGGGAAGGGCGUUGGGAGCGGGUUCACCACAGCGACCUUUGGCACUGGAGGUGAUGAGAAGAAUGUGAUGCUCGUUACUCUGCCGGUGUAUGCCAAAGGAAAAGAAAAGGGCGUACUCCACCUUUGGCUGACGGACAACACGCACAUUGUUGAUAUUGGGCCGGUAUCCGGGAAGGACGAUGACGCUGCCGCCAGCUCCCUGUUGUACAAAAGUGUUACGAGUGGAACUGAUGAUAAUAAGAGGGAGGAGUUGAUUGCACUGUACGAGAAGAAGGGCGAUGGAGAAUCAUCAAACAGCCUUUGGUCUGUGCGUCUGACUGAGCAGCUGCAGCGUGUGAAGGAUGUGCUGGCGACCUGGAAGAAAGUGGACGAACGUGUCUCCCAGCUGUGCCAUUAUAAAAGUGCUCUGGAGGACACCCCAACUGACACUGCCUGCAAAAACACUAAGAUCACGGAUGGGCUGGUUGGCUUUUUGUCCGGCAACUUCUCUGAUGACACAUGGAAGGACGAGUACCUCGGGGUGAACGCCACAGUAAAGAAGGGAACGAAAGGAGCGGCUGCAGGGGUAGCAGAGACUGCAGAGUCUUCAGAUGGAGUGAAGUUCACAGGACGUGGUGCGUGGGCGGAGUGGCCCGUUGGCAAGCAGGGGGAGAAUCAGCUGUACCGCUUUGCGAACUACAACUUCACUCUUGUGGCGACGGUGUCCAUCGACGGUGUGCCGAAGCAGGAGGGUCCCAUUCCAGUGAUUGGUGUGAUGAUGGAUGCAGAGAAUCCAGUACUCCUGGGACUGUCGUACAACAAUAAAGAGAAAAAGUGGCAGAUGCUGUGCGGUGAGAAACCGACGGAGGUGCAAAACCACAUUGAGGGGCAAGAGAAAACACACCAGGUGGCCAUUGUGCUGCAGAACGGCACUCAGGGCUCCGCGUACGUCGAUGGUAGGCGUGUGUUGGAGAAUGUGCAAUGCCAAUUGGAAAGUGAGGAAGAUAAAAAGAUCUCCCACUUCUACAUUGGAGGGGAUGGAGUCAAUGCAGAGAACACAGAGGGCCAUGAAGGCGUGUCUGUGACUGUGACGAACGUCCUGCUGUACAACCGCCCGUUGGAUGGCAAUGGUAUUACUGCUCUUAAUGCAAUUAAAGCCCUGAUUACGCCUCCGAAGGAAAAAAGUGCGCAGGAAAUCGUGGUGCCUUCUCCUGGUGGAACACCGCAAGCGGGACAGGAACCUUUGAAUGGAGGUAAAGGUGCUGACGGCGGAAGUGCAUCUCCAUCAGCUUCCAUUGCUUCGCCUUCCAUACCUGUGGGGCAAUCUGUGAACCAACUCGCGCCAGGAAAGCCUCCCGAUGGAAAUGCAGAUGUGGAUGUCUUUUCCUCGUCUAGCGGUAACCUGGCGGUGGGGGAGGGGAGUGCAGAUACGACACAGGGGGAUGGACCGCACACACCUUCCGUGGGUGAUACCCCCGCCGCAGCAGAUACAAACGUUCUUACCGCUAAAGGCGAGGGGCACGAUGGACCCGCAUUGACAGCUGAUGUGAGCGUGAGCUCUGGUGCGGAUGGGGAGACGGCAGGAGGAACGGAUGGGCAGGAGGGAAUCCAUCCACAGAACGGGGAAGUAAAGUCUGCGGCCCUCAGCAGCAGCCUCGGAAAUUUGUCGCAGGGGAAUAACAGCGAUGCCGGCGCUGUGCGUGAGAGGAGGGCGCUGCCGCUGCUUCUGCUGUUGGGACUGUGGGGGGUUGCGACUGUGUGA